GUUACCGUCGCACCACGUGGAGAAACUGCCCUGAGCCAGAAAGCCACCCCCACGCAGCUGAUCUUGACACAGAGGAUCAAACAAGUUUUCAGUGCACACCUACGACAGCUACAGGAACAGUAAAGAUGCGUGGUGCGGUGUUGGGAUGCCUGCUGCUGGUGUGUGCUGUGCUCCUGCUGGUCGAGCAAGCCGAGGGUCAUAUCACCUUCUUCAGCCCCCAACAGAUGGAGGAGAUGCGG